UCCAAAAAUAGAACGGGACCUUCGGCCUCUCCUUUGUCGCCUUACGCCCGGCUACCGCCUCUCCGGCCAGCCUUCAUGGAGAACCUGAGCUUCAUUACUGGUGUCAUCGGAAACGUGAUAUCUAUCUUGGUCUUUGCUUCACCAGUGGGAACGCUGAAGAGGGUGGUGAGGAAGAGGUCGGUGGGGGAGUUCAAGGCCAUUCCUUAUGUGUGCACCCUGCUCAGCACUUGCUUGUGGUCUUUCUAUGGCCUUCUCAAGCCAGGAGGCCUGCUCGUCCUCACUGUCAAUGCCGCCGGUGCUUCCUUGGAAGCCAUUUACGUCGCUUUCUUCCUCCUCUACUCUCCUAAACACGCAAGGAUAAAGCUUGGGAAGUUGGUUAUGGCGCUGAAUGUGGUGCUUUUCGGAGGAAUAGUGGCGGUCACGCUUCUCGCCGUCCGCGGCCAACAGCUGCGGCUAACGGUUAUCGGCGUCAUGUGCGCAGGCAUGACUCUUGGCAUGUACGCCUCCCCGCUGGCGGCCAUGAAAACGGUGGUGGACACAAAGAGCGUGGAGUACAUGCCCUUCUCCCUUUCUUUCUUCCUUUUUCUCAACGGAGGAACUUGGAGCAUAUACGCUGUUCUUGUGAGAGAUCUUUAUAUCGGAGUGCCCAAUUGUAUUGGGUUCUUACUGGGAAGUGCCCAGCUCAUUCUUUACAUGGUGUACAAAAGCAAGUCCAAGACCAAGAACAAAGCCGGUGAGGAGAAGAAGGAAGGUGGAUCCGAGCUCAUGGUUGACGCGGAGAUGCAAACCAACGACGAUCAACAUGAGCAAUUACAAGGUCGUGAUAAGAAGAUGGUUUCCUUACUUAAGGAGAAAAGCAUAACAAAGCCCGCUGUUGAUGGCAGGAAAAGCCUUAACAAGAUAGCCAAAUCUUUAUCCAUGUCAGUCUGUGAGCUCCGGUCGGAUUGGUUCCUGCAAAUGAAGUCUACAGAAGCAGAUUGAUGAGCUUCCGAGAGCUCCGGCGAUUCGAUAAUAAGAAGAUGGUUUCCUUACUUAAGGAGAAAAGCAUAACAAAGCCCUCAGUUGAUGGCAGGAAAAGCCUUAACAAGAUAGCCAAAUCUUUAUCCAUGUCAGUCUGUGAGCUCCGGUCGGAUUGGUUCCUGCAAAUGAAGUCUACAGAAGCAGAUUGAUGAGCUUCCGAGCUCCGGCGAUUCAAUAAAAUGGUUGCAGGCACACUUCAGUAAAAUUAAGAACGUCCAAGUGUGCUUCAUCUUCACGAUCAAGUUCUAAUGCUUUUCGUUUUUUUUUUCAUAACGAAGCAAAAUGAUUUAUUGUAUUUCAUUUCUGUUUUUCUUGAAUUAUAUAUGGAAAGACAUCUAUAUUUCUGUUUUUCUUGAAUUA